CGCUUUGGCCACUAAAAAUGCAAACCAGAAAAUGCAAAGCUGAAACCAAAAUCAAUGGAUCAAUGAAUGAAUGGCAUUAGUAUCCAACUCAAAAACUCACUGCAUGGCCAUCAAUCUCACUACCACUGCUUCUCUUCACUCAAAGCCUUCAUUUCUGACACACAAACAUAACAGCCCCAUCAAAUUCUACCACCCUUCUUCUUUUCUCACAACAUGUGCUCAAACACAAGGAACUGACACUGGAAUCUCACAGCAAGAUGCUUCUGCUGGAACUGGAUCUUUAUCUUCUUCUCGUACCCAGUUGGAUCUUUUGGAGCAACUUACAUCGACAAGCUCACCAAACACUGGCUAUGAAAGUGAUGGUAGCUCUGGAAAAGUUACAAUACGAGAACAACUUGCACAGCUGGUUGGAGAAAGGGAUGAUGAUUUCAGCAUACCCCUGGGUAAAAACUUGAAGAAAGUGAGUGCAAAGUUCUUGACCAUUUCACAAAAGAGAAAUAUCAGAAGACAAGCUUACCUGAAUGAAGUGUCACAAAGGAAUGAUUCAGUUUUCUUUGCAACCAUAGGAGCAUUUGUGAUUCUUCCACCUUUUAUAAUACUAGGAAUAGCUAUAUUAACAGGCUAUGUACAGCUUUUUCCUUGAAAUGUGAUACAAUUAAUAUACUUAGUGAUACAUCAAUGUGAUAUUAACAGAAUUUCUCAGCUUAA